ACUCACACGACCAUACAUCUGAGCAUCACAUAUAUCAUUACGUAACGGACAAUAGUAAACAUGGGCACAAGACACCUCACUCGAAGAACGACACCGGAUGGAAAAAUUUCCACCUCCCCUCGAUAUCAAAGGCAAGCGCAGUCCUGAAUCUCUGCCGCAUUGGUCUGAGUGUGCAGAACUCGGCCAUGAAGUUCCAAUGGUACAGUCCCCAUUUUACAUCUCGUGGAUUACCCCGAACCAUCUUUCCUGACCAGCAUCGAUCAAUUAACUUGCCACCAAUUCCAGAAGCAUACAAUUACCUUCUCGUUGUGCAAUGUGUUGUCUCCCUAUGCGAAGGCUUUGCGUCGUUCACUGGCCCACUGUACACAUUCAACAUCCUCAGCCUGUCAUUCUCGCACCUGCCACUCUUGACCUCUCCACACUUCCGCAGGACGAUCAUCGUGCAUUCUAUAGUUGAAAACGGUUGACCCGCGCUUCUCACAGUCCUCUCCUUCAUUAACUCGACAAAUCUGUCAGACAAGCUCCUCAUAGACGUUCUCAGUAGCUAUCAAGCUUUGACGGACGUUGUUGGGAUGCUCGCCCUCGGCACUCCUCGCGACACAUUGUUCAACUCAAUUUCCAAAUUUCCAAUACUUUCGCGAGUAGUGAACCUUACGUUGAACCUCCAACGUCAACUUCCUUUACGGAUUAGGGUCGACAGCAUCUCUAUAGCUUUUCGAGCGAAAUCUAGCAUGUCUCAAAGUGUCGGUGGUCGUGUGAGCAAGGCGAUGCGCGCAAAGCUUGCCGCAGGUGUUUACGAAGUACUUGCGUGCAAUGAAAUCAACAGGAUAAAUACUACGAUAGAACAUAGAAGGGCGAGAGUCGCAAGGUUAAUAAGAUCUCCAGCUUUGUAUGCAGGGUGGGAUCGCGCCUUGC